CCUCCCGGCCUCGCCGGGCCGAGUCCGUUUCCUCUUUCCGGCGCUCCGGGUGUCCGCGAGCCCCGUCCCGCAGCUUGCUCCGCCCGCCCCAGCCCUGCUCCGCCCGCCCCCGGCGCCCGCCCCCGCCCGCCGGACCCACACUCGGACCGGACCCGGACCCGGACCGGACCCCUCCAGCGCCGCCCCCCCACCCGCCUCGGGACCCCUGGACAGCGACCGUUACGAGGUCGCGCGCGCGCCGCCGUCACCAUGAACGACUCGAUGUGUGAUCGCCCCGCGGGACUGAGCCUCAGGAAGGUGGCUGCUGUGAUGCAGAAACUGAACAGUGACCCCCUGUUCUCCCUGGCCCAGAAUGUGGGCAGCACCCACGACCUGCUGGACGUGUGCCUGCGGCGCUCCACCGUGCAGGACACGCAGCACGUCUUCCAGCAUGCCGUGCCUCAGGAGGGCAAGCCCGUCACCAACCAGAAGAAUUCAGGGAGAUGCUGGAUCUUUUCAUGUCUGAAUGUUAUGAGACUUCCUUUCAUGAAAAAGUUAAACAUUGAAGAAUUUGAAUUCAGCCAGUCUUAUCUGUUUUUCUGGGACAAGGUUGAACGCUGUUAUUUCUUCUUGAAUGCCUUUGUUGAAACAGCCCAGGAACCUGAGGAUGGAAGGCUGGUGCAGUACUUACUUACUAAUCCUGCAAAUGAUGGUGGACAAUGGGAUAUGUUAGUCAAUAUUGUUGAAAAAUAUGGGGUUGUCCCUAAGAAGUGCUUCCCCGAGUCUCAUACAACGGAGGCAUCUAGAAGAAUGAAUGACAUUCUGAAUCACAAGAUGAGAGAAUAUUGUAUACGACUAAGAAACUUGGUAAAGAGUGGAGCGACAGAAGAAGAUAUCUGUGUCACCCAAGACACCAUGAUGGAAGAGGUCUUCCGAGUGGUCAGCAUCUGCUUGGGCACCCCACCAGACAAAUUUACCUGGGAGUAUCGAGACAAGGAUAAGACUUACCAUAAGAUUGGACCCAUUUCACCCUUGGAGUUCUACAGAGAACACGUCAAGCCUCUCUUCAACAUGCAGGACAAGAUCUGUCUGGUGAAUGACCCUAGGAGUCAGCAUAAGUACAACAAGCUGUACACCGUGGAAUACUUGAGCAACAUGGUUGGCGGGAGAAAAACCCUGUACAACAACCAGCCCAUCGACUUCUUGAAAAAGAUGGUUGCGGCCUCCAUUAAAGAUGGAGAGGCUGUAUGGUUUGGCUGUGAUGUUGGGAAACACUUCAAUGGCAAGCUGGGCAUCAGCGACAUGCACAUCUAUGACCAUGAGCUGGUAUUUGGCGUCUCCUUGAAGAACAUGAACAAAGCAGAGAGGUUGACUUUUGGUGAAUCCCUGAUGACCCACGCUAUGACCUUCACAGCCGUCACGGAGGAUGAACAGGAGGGAACAUAUGAAAAGUGGAGAGUGGAGAAUUCCUGGGGUGAAGACCAUGGUCACAAAGGCUACCUGUGUAUGACAGACCAGUGGUUCUCGGAAUAUGUGUACGAGGUGGUGGUAGACAAGAAGCAUGUGCCGGAGGAUGUGCUCGCCAUCCUGAAGCAGGAGCCCAUCGUACUGCCAGCCUGGGACCCCAUGGGGGCUUUGGCCAAAUGACCGCCAUGCCCUGCCGUCGUCACCUCCUCAAGCGUGACCUGAAGUCCGUGCGAAGGGACAUGCUGGGCACUGAAGCCAAAGUUGAGUAGGUGACUGAUCUUGCCGGGCCUAGUCCGACCGACUCCUGGUUUGCUGAGCCCCUCACUGCGGGAGCCUCUUGGGGAAUUGUGCUUUAUGCUGCACCGUGGGAUCCAAACGCUCUCAUUUCAGACAGGCUAAAGAGCAGGUCAUUGUUUCCUCUCCUCCACCGCCAGCUCUGCCGGUUCAAAGGAGGGGGAGGGGGAAUCUCUUGGUGUUUUUAUCAGACUCCGUAGAGCAGAGAAAGAACUUCAGGCCAUGGGCGGAUGGAGAGUCGGGCUGCUUUCACCAUUGCCUGUGGCUCUCAGGUUUCCGAAGGAGUGUCAUCCUAUGAUCGAAGCCCACAGAGCUGCAUGCUGCUUGACCAAUGACGGAGACUCUCACACCCUCGUUGCUGAAUUUCAUCUUUUCCAUUUUAGCUUUAUCUGCCUCGACCAGCAUGGGAUGGGGACAGGAAGGGGGACUUGGGCCUGCUUCCCGUGGCUUGGAGUUACAAGUGGGGGGGGGGGGAGAAGACAUCCCAUGGAAGUUGGGGCUCAGGAAAUUGAGGUGAGACAGUGACCAAACCAUAUCAUGACCUGAAUUUUUUAAAAAAUAGGGGAAUCUCUAGCCAAAUGGUGUCAUUUUAAACUUCUGCAUCUGGAGGGGGCUGGGCGGGGGCGGGGCCGCGUUCUUUAAGACAACUAGAUGGUGCUGUGAAGCUUUUGAAUAAAACAUUUUCCUAAAUGA